AUAUCCUCAGGCAAGAUGACGUUCAACAUGUUCAGUUUCCUGCCUACAACACUGGUGAUAACAAUGUUGUUACCGCUGUUACGUCUUGUCCUGGUGUCCAUCAUGAGAGAGUUCCGCCAGGCAGACUUCCAGUACAGUAGACCCGAGGCCUUCAAUCAUUACUAUGAUUUCAUCGUGGUUGGCGCUGGAAGUGCAGGAAGCGUGGUAGCCUCUAGGUUGUCGGAGGUGGCUGGAUGGAGGGUACUUCUGCUGGAGGCAGGAGGGACCCCACCCCCGGAGACCUACGUGCCGGGUUUGGUGGGUCUCAACUACCUCCGAGGCAACACCAACUGGGGAUACAUCACCGUCCCGCAGAAACAUGCCCUCAAGAACUUCGUGGGCCGCCGGGCCACCAUUCCCCAUGCUCGGGUGGUGGGCGGAGGUUCUACUACCAACGGGAUGCUCUACGUCAGAGGGAACCGGCGAGACUUUGACCACUGGGCUGACCUAGGUAACCCAGGCUGGGACUACGAGAGCCUCCUUCAUUACUUCAAGAAGUCAGAGGACUAUAGAGGCUAUGCGACAGGAUAUACCGACAAGUACCAUGGUAAAGGAGGACCCAUCGGUGUCAUUCCGGAUACCAAGACAGGAAAGCUGUCGCAGGCCUUCCUUGACGCUGGAAAGCAGCUUGGCUUUAACAUAAUCGACCCCAACACUGCAGAGCAAAUAGGGUUUGCCAAGCCCGAUUACACAGUGUGUGGUGGUAUAAGAUGCUCUGCUGCUUGGGCCUACCUUCGACCUGCAGCGUCUCGCCCCAACCUGCACAUCCUGCACAGCGCCACCGUCCUUAAGAUCCUGCUUAAUAAACACAAGAGAGCGACUGGUGUUAUGUACAGUUACAGAGGACAGUUAAGUAAGUCUCGUGCGGAACGGGAAGUAAUUGUUUCAGCUGGCUCGCUGGCCUCGCCGAAGCUGCUUAUGUUGUCGGGCAUCGGAGCGAGCACUCAUCUUAGUGACCAUAAUGUAAAUAAAGGGGUUGCCGAGGUACCAGGUGUUGGCAAACCCCAGGACCACGGGGGUGUUACAUACCAUAUCCCGGGGGCCUUGACGAAGCCCUGGGGAUACGCCAGUGCUUCGAAGGUAACGAAAAAUGGUGACGAAUAUUAUCCAGACUCCAACUCUUCUCCCCCUCUUCACAAUUUGGAACUUCAUUCCCUUUUAUUUUAA